AUGGCGACCGCCGCUUCUUCUAGCAGCACCGGCGAAAGUACUCAAGCCAAUUCCAAAUGGCUGGAUGCCCACUACGACCCGGUAGCCAACCUGUACACGUUUUCCUCCUGUGUCAGUCUGGCUGACUUGCAUGGUGAUGGAGAAUAUAAGCUUGUGGUGGGUGACCUAGGCACUUCCUGGCAUGACAUGAAGUUGAAGGUGUACCGAGGCACAGACCUACUGAGCGAGAAUGCGCUUCCGGACUUGCCUGCUAGUGUAGUUGCCUUCCUGAUGGAGCUGCAUGAACCACACACGCCUGCUGUGGCCGUGGCCUCUGGGCCAUUUGUCUAUGUGUACAAGAAUCUCCGUCCCUAUUUCAAAUUUACACUGCCCACCCUGGAAACCAACCCCUUGGAGAAGGAUGUCUGGGAGCAGGCUAAGGAGGACAAGAUUGACACUCCGACACUGAAAGAGAUGCUGGAGAUGAUCCGAGAAAAAGCUGAUAUUCCCUUGUCUGUGCGGUCCUUGAGGUUCCUGGCCCUCGACCCCCCUGAGAUGGACUCAUUCGUGAACCAGUACAAGAUGCAGCCAAUCAAGCGCCAGACAGUGAUCACUUGCAUGUCUACUCUGAAGAAGAACAUGGCUGAUGAGGAUGCCAUCAGCUGCCUGGUGCUUGGGACAGAGAGCAAUGAAAUCCUGGUUUUGGACCCCGAGGCCUUCACCGUCCUGGCAAGGAUGACGCUGCCAAGUGUGCCAGCCUUCUUGGAUGUCAUGGGCCAGUUUGACGUGGAAUACCGCCUGACCGCAGCUUGCCGUAAUGGAUGCGUUUACAUCUUCCGCAGAGACUCCAAGAAGCCCAAGUACUGCGUUGAACUGAGCUCUCAGCCUGUGGGAUUGGUUCGGGUCCAAAAGAACAUCGUGACUGCCUGUUCUGACCAGACGCUGCAAGGAUAUACACAGAAGGGAAAGAAACUAUGGACAAUCUUGCUGCCAGCGACACCAAUGACUAUGAGCCUGAUGGACCAGAAAUCCCGGGGUUUCCAGGCAGUGCUGGUGGCUUUGGCCAACAUGGAAGUACACCUGUACCAGGACAAGAGCCUUGUGAACGUCAUCCAAACGCAGGAGGUGGUCACCAGUAUCUGUUUUGGGCGCUAUGGGCGGGAGGAUAACACCCUGGUCAUGACAACCAAAGGUGGGGGUUUGAUCAUCAAGAUCUUAAAGCGGACUGCUGUGUUCGAUAAGGGCGAUGCAUCUGUAGGGGCGCCCAUUGCUCAGAGUAUCAAGCUCAGUGUGCCCAAGAAGACAAAACUGUAUGUGGACCAGACGCUGAGAGAGCGGGAGUGCAGCGUGGCCAUGCAUCAGGUGUUCCAGAUGGAGCUUAACUGCCUCCGCCUCUUGGCAACCCGCACCUACGCCCAGGCCCUGGAGUCCAGCCUGACUCCCAUCGCAGAGACACUGCAGGAGCCGCUCAAGAUGAAUGCUGUGGUCCAGGGCAUUGGCCCCACCUUCAAGCUGACCCUUCACCUCCAGACCACAUCAGCCACCCGCCCAGCCAUCAACCUUUUCAUCAGCUUCCGGUAUGAUGAAGGCCUUUACUACAUGGCCCGUCCCUUCUUUAAGGCUCCUAUGUUGGUCCCGGGGCUGAAUUACCCCCUGGAAACUUUUGUGGAGUGCCUAAGUGGCAAAGGGAUCUCCGACAUUAUUAAGGUGUUCGUGCUGCGGGAGGGAGAGAGUGCCCCGUUGCUCAUGGCACACAUCAAUAUGCCCAUCAGUGAAGGCCUGGCAGCUGCGUGA